AAAAAGGUACAAUUGGCCAUCGCACCAAGCCACUAGCCCAGCCAAAAUCGAAUUUUUCACCUUAAAAAGCCUAGUUACCUUAACCAACUUUGACAACGCGAUGAAGAAUGCAGUGGCGCGUGUUUACCCUGAUGCAGACCCUCAAAUCUGUAUUUUCCACAUCAACAGUAUCAUACUCGGAGCCGUGCCAACGUGGGAAAAGCAGUCCCCGGCCCCCCUGCAGCCCUCCACCGGCCAGUUCAGUAUGCAGUACGGCAUGCCGUGCAGUCAUGACCUUUUUGAACGAUAUAUGCAUGGCCGGCCCCGCAUUGAACAGGGCAUGGAAGUAUAUGAGCUUCUACGAAUUUGACCGUGUUACUCGCCUACGGGGCAGGUCGCAAGGCUCGACCGAAUUCGCCCCGGACCCCCGAGCUCCCCAGUCUACGGCUCCGUUGUCCACAGACCCGUCGACAACGGCACCGACACAGUCCCCGACAGCCACAUCGACUGGCCGGGCAAGCGGCUUGAAUUGGAACACGGGCAACAAAGGGAGGCCCUGGCAGCCGGGGCGGCCGUGUUGCCUCGGCAUCGCGGGCAUCUACCUCACGGGCUUCAUCUGGGACGCCUGCCUCAACGCCCACGGCGCGUAUGAGGGGAGGGGGCAUUACAAAGGCUUCUACACGCGAUGCAAUGGCCCGUCGUACUACUAG